AUCAGGAUCUACGUUCACGGGCGAAAUAUUCAAUCAAAACGCGGAUGUGUAUUAUGUCUUUUGAACCGCUUCACGCAUUUAAACGUAAAGUGCCUGACUACGCUAACUUGUCGUCUGAACAAAAGGCCAUAAGGCAGCGAUCUCUUCUCACGAGCUUGUUUUUGUGCAAACCGAAUAAGGACUACCAACCGCCACGCAAUUUCAUGUACAUGAGCAAAGCCAUUACUGAGACCAUUGAUUGCCCAAUGGCAGUAAAUAUUGCUGGCAAAAUAGAACCGAACUGCAGUAAACUUAUAAAGGAAACAGUGAAGACGCGAUUUGAGGUGGUGCCAGCGGUCUGCAACACGUACGGGCAUUGUGCGAUUAAGGUGAUCCGCGCAAACAUCAGCGACCUUGAACCAUUGCUUGAACAUCCGAUCCUCGACGUGAAAAUACUUCAUCUCAUCCGUGAUCCGAGAGGCAUGUUCCGGUCUUGGUGGCCGAGCCUCUCCAAUAACGUCUCCGCAGCAGUCGAGAUACUGCGUGCAAAUGUGAAGAUCCACUGCGCAGAUCAACUGAAAAAUCUCGUGCAGGGCAACAGCCUGCGACUGCGCGCACCUUCGAGCUAUCGUCGUGUUAGGUACGAGGAUUUGGCUGCAGCGCCCGUAGAGAGUGCCAAACAACUUUAUGACUUUGUUGGCUUGCCGGAACUCCCGCCCAGCGUUUACGAGUGGUUGGACGUGAACACUCAGGGAAAGGUCAGUGGGAACCAGACAUCCAAGGUGUAUCGCUUUGGAACGUUCCGCAAGGAUUCCAACGCGACAGCAACAGCGUGGAUGGACGCACUUCCACCGCGUGUCAUCAAAAUUAUAGAGGAACAUUGCUACGAGUUCAUGUUAAUGGCCGGCUACAAACCAUGCUACACGAGACAGUGAUAUAGAUCUGGAGGCCGCUCGGUAGUACGAAUUACUGUAUUUGAUGUACGAGCUUGUUCUAAAAAGC